AUGGAAGACAUCAACAUCACCACAAAAAUCGGAGACCUACCCCAGGACAAGCAGUGGCGCAUCGCGAUAUCCAUAUUCCGUAACCAAGGGAGCCCGGCACGCAAAAUGGUCCUCCUGAUGAAGCGCCGCACCUGCUACAGUCCAGAAGGGACCUGGCAGAUACCCGUACUUCGACCCGAUGACAGCGACACAACCAUCGGGGACGCCAUACGGCGCUAUAUCGCCGAACAGACGGGCCUGAGGGGUAUCGACAUCAUAGAGCAGGCGGAACCAUUGGGGUGGAGUUGGGGCGGCCGGGCCUACAUACAACUUAAUUUCGGGGUUCGAGAUCGCUCUGUCUCUCUGGUCUCAAUCAAUCCUGACAGGUAUAUCGAUUAUCGAUGGGUGCGCCUGUCACAUCUUAGGUGGUUUGAGAUCCCGUCGACGACAAAGGAGGUGAUUCAAGGUGCAUCGAGGAUUGAGUCGAUCUGGUACUAG